CCUCCUCUCAGAUUCACAUGGCGGGUGAGUAUGUGCAGGGUGGGGCUGGAUCUGGGGACUGUUUUGAAGCUAAACUCACUGUAGGUCUACGUGAGUGUAAAAACACGGACAAACAAUGGACAGGAAACUGAAUCUGAACCGAGCUGAGACGUUCUCCUUCGUCAAUCCAUGGAUCAGAUAUUUUCUCUUCUUCUUCAGCUUCUUAUUUUGGGUGUUCUCCUUGCUGAUUGUUGCAAUUGGGGUGUAUGCUAAAGUCCAGAAAGCUACAGACACAGUGCGGGACACGUUCCUGAUCGACCCGGCUGUCAUCCUAAUUGUGGUGGGGGUGGUCAUGUUCUUCAUCACUUUCUGUGGUUGCAUCGGAGCCCUCCGAGAGAACAUUCGCCUCCUCAAGACAUUCUCCUUCAGCCUGACAUUGGUCUUCCUCACCCAGCUGGCCAUAGCAAUUCUGGGCUUCUUCUACUCAGAUCAGACUCGGGAUGCUUUUGGAAAGUUUGUGAAGAAAGCCAUUGUGCACUACAGGGAUGACCUGGAUCUGCAAAACCUGAUGGAUUACAUCCAGAAAGAGUUCAAGUGUUGUGGGUGGAACAACUACACAGACUGGUCCUGGAACCUGUACUUUAAUUGUACACAUGAGAACCCCAGCUCCGAGCGCUGCGCUGUGCCUUACUCCUGCUGUACUCCUGUGCCUGGAGAGGCAGUGAUCAACACUAUGUGCGGUUUUGGAGUUCAAACCCAGAAAUACCUGGAGGCCAACAAAUCAAUCUACCCGGUAGGCUGUGCGGACAGAGCAGUGAUGUGGAUCGAGUCUCAUCUGUUGCUGGUGGGGGCUCUCGCCCUGGGUCUGGCCUUGCCUCAGAUUGCAGGCAUCGUGCUGUCCCAGAUGCUGAUCUCUCAGAUCCAAGAUGAGAUUACCUCAGUGUUGUGAGAGUGGGCUGACACAGGGGAAGAGGAGGGAAGAAAAGAACUUACAGUACUGUGCUCAGCUCCUCUGACAUGUGCAAGGACAUCUUUCUUACUGCUACUGUAUCACUGCAACGUUUGACUACAUUUCUUUUUCUUAACGUGCUGUUGCCUCCGGGCAUAAAAGUGUGGUGCACUUUAUUGUGUUACUCAAAUAGUCAGAUGCAAAGGGCAAAGUGUAUAUUUAUUAGUUUUGAAAAUGGUUUUUGUAUUGAUCUUGACAUGCAGAUUUUAUUUCUGAAAAGUAUUUAUAUUUAAAUGUGAUGUUUGCUAAUAAAAUUCAAA